UUAAGGCGACUAACUUCAGCCAAAAGCGGAAAAUGGCCGGACAGAGGGCCUUCGCCCAAAAACUUAACAAGUCUCACCAUGCAGCUGAUAUACGUCGUCAGGUUUCAUCGCAAUACUCAAGUAAAGAUGUAGCACGUUUUGCAGGCGGUCUAGGACCUGGUGGAAUCCCUCUGUCAGAGAUCCUGGACCCACUUGACUAUGAGGAGUAUAUACACCAGAGUAAAGGAGCCAUGGAGCUGGACCCUCUCAAGCAGCUCCUGGAGUAUCCUGAAGAUGAUGUCAGGGUGAUAGCCCCGUCAAGAGAGACCAGGACUACCAGGCAACCGCACCCAGGACCAGAGGCUGAAACCGUGAGCCUUCAGGUGCGGGACUGCAUCAAGUGGUACACCUGUGACUGGUCUGUGGUGGAUCGGAAGUACAAGGAGAAUGCCAUGUCUCACCAGGGUAACAUCAUGAAGCUGAGACAGAGGACUCUAGCCAUCGGCAGUGACAAGGUCUAUGAGGUGGACGAGGAGGAGAAUGAAGAAUGCACAACGCCCACAAACGAGAGGAAACGCACUUCCAUCCACCUCGAUACCACACCAAGAGGCUCAUGGGCUUCCAGCAUCUUUGACUUGAGUCGCAGCGAGAGCGAUGCCCUCCUCCCUCGACUCCUUGAUCACAUUCCUAUAGAACAGCAGGAUGCCAUGAAUGAAGACGUCCGGGACAGGAACAGAGAGAACGACAUCUUCAGCUUCUACCCACCACCAGAUGAGAAUGAUGCUAUUGAGAGGAAAACACUUGCACCAAUUCCAUCAGAACACUUUGGAUACCGACUCCUCAUUAAAUGUUUGCAGCUCAAACUGGAGCCAGAUUUUGAACCAAUUUUUGCAACAAUGGCCUUGUAUGAUGCAAGAGAAAAGAAAAAGAUCUCUGAAAACUUCUACUUUGACAUGAUGCCUGACCACAUCAAGUCAAUGGUCAAGGGCAAGCUCGGAUUCCCUGAUGUUUCCAGCCAAGCUCGGGGAGCCAUCUUCUCUCUGACCUACCCAUCCAACGAUGUCUACAUCGUCAUCAAGCUAGAGAAGGUCCUCCAGCAAGGAGACAUCUCAGAGUGUGCUGAGCCCUACAUCAAAGACUCUGAAAACCCAAAGCACAUGGAAAAGAUCAAAAACACAGCUGCCUAUUUCUGUGACAAGCUAGGACUGUACAGGAUGCCUUUGGCCUGGACGGCCAUUCAUCUGAUGAACAUCGUCAAUGGAGCUAGCAGUCUAGACAGGAACUCGGAUGCUGAGCUUGACAAAAAGUCCAACAGCUUAGAGAUGGGACGUAAGAAGAGCACUGUCACUGAGCCAGGGCAGUACGGUUCCCUGCCCCGCCGAGGGGAGACCGGUUCCUCAUCCUUGAAGCGUAACGGAUCCGAGAGAAGGAGCUUCUACAAGGUGGAGGAUGACAUCAGUAAUCUGGAGACAUUCCAUCCCGUCACCAUCACAGUAUCCAGCUUCUUCAAGCAUGAGGGCGACAAGCUGAGUGAUGUUGACCUGUACAAGUUUCUAGCAGAUCUCAAGAGACCUACCACCGUCCUCAAGAGGUUAAAAUGCAUCAGAGGUUCUCUCAAGCUUGAUAUCUCCCCAGUGAUAGACCACCCUGCCUAUUGUUUGACCCCUGACCUCUACCAGGUCAAGCCAUUCCCAGACAACAGGACCAGACCCACUAAAGAGAUACAGGAGUUCCCUGCAAGGGAGGUCUAUGUACCACACAGUGUUUACAGGAAUGUUUUGUACCUGUACCCUCGCUCCCUGAACUUCUCUAACCGCGGAGGCUCUGCUAGGAAUAUCACUGUCAAGAUUCAAUUCCUGUCAGGAGAUGACUUUGGAAGUGGAAUAGAGUGCAUUUUUGGCAAGUCCAGCAGCCCCGAAUAUGGUCGCCAGGCUUACACCUCGGUGUGCUACCACAACAAGUCACCUGACUUCUACGAAGAGAUCAAGAUUCGUCUACCAGCCGAUCUACGAGAUCAGCAUCAUAUCCUCUUCACCUUCUACCAUAUCUCCUGCCAACGCAAACAAGAUGUCACUCCCAUCGAGACUCCCAUCGGCUAUUCAUGGCUUCCUCUCCUGCGUGAUGGCCGACUCCAAACCGGUGAUUACAAUCUUCCUGUUUCCUUAGAGAAACCACCUCCAAACUACUUCAUGCUCUCACCAGAUAAAAAGGCCUCGUCCAAUGAUCAAGUCCAGCUACCAGGAAUGAAGUGGGUGGAUGGACACAAGCAGCUGUUCAGUGUGACUCUCAAGGGAGUUUCCUCAGUACAUCCUCAGGAUGAGAAGGUGGACAGAUUCUUACACCUCUGCCAUGCCGUCGAGCAGGGAAGCAUUCCUCGAUCCAUCGGAGAUCAGAACAUGGAGGGGGAGCUGAUAGCCAGCACCAUCAACCUUGGUCAUGCUGUGGCCGAACCACUGGUCAAGUUCCUUCAUAUCGUCCUGGACAAGCUCAUCCUAAUGAUGGUCAAGGCACCUAUCAUCAAUGGUCAUAUCGUGAACAUGGGUCAAGUGUGCUUUGAGACGAUGGCCGAGAUCGUUGAUCGGCUGCAUGUCCUACUGGACAACAGACUGGACAACCAUGGACGUAACACCCUCCUAUCAUCCUUUGUCCACUAUGUCUUCAGGCCUCCUGACGCUGACAAUACCAACAUGGUGGCUGGAGCUACUGGUAAGGGGCUCUCCCCACACACACCCACCCAAUCCAUGAACUUCAGCAACUACGGCACCGUCGCCCGCUCCAACAGUCUCAACUUCAAGCACCGCGCGGCCCUGCGGAACUCCAGCACCAGUCUGAGUAUCCCAGCCUCCCCGGAGGAUGACAUGGAUGCCAUCCUGCACAACCGCUUCGGCAGCGAGCGUCAGGGGUCGGCGAGGUCACCGAGCAGGUCCGGGACUGGGAUGGGAAACGUUCCGGUGAUUGGACUCGGUGGACGGGUGCCUCCUCGGAAGCUUGUCCAUGAAGAACUAACUCUUCAGUUUGUAGUAUCUAAUGGCAAGGCCAAGGAGAAAGCUUUCAGUCAUGCCUGGUUCUUCUUUGAACUCAUUGUGAAGAGUAUGGCCCAGCACCUUGCUGACUGUGAGCGUCUGGACUCCUACCGUAGGAUGAGAUUUACAGAAAGCUUCUGCAAUGAUAUCAACUCGGUGGUUACUAUGGUUACAUCAGAAAUCAUUGCCAGGUUCAACAAGGAUGUCAGACAAAUGCAGCUGCUGAAUGCCAGCCUAGCCUUCUUUCUCCAGGAGCUUCUUACCCUGAUGGACAGGGGAUUUGCUCUUGCUCUCAUUCACAACUAUGUCAAACAGGUAUCUGGUAAGAUCACUGCUCUCAACGACCCCACCACGCUGGCCUUACUCAAGCUUGACUUCCUGCGCAUCAUCUGCAGCCACGAGCACUACGUCACCCUCAACCUCCCCUUCCAGCAAUCCAGCUCCACCUCCUCCUCCCUCUCUCGACCCCCAUCGCCGACCCCCUCUAUCACCAGCACCAACUCCAUCGCAUCGUUCAUCUCCAUCCAGACAACCUUGACACAGCUGGGAGACACAAACAAGAUGGCCGAGUUGUCGUACGACUACAGACAGCAGCACUACCUUGCGGCUUUGCUUCUCCUUGAUCUGGCCAAUGUCCUCACAACACACAAUAGCAACUUACAUCGUCAGGCCAUCGACACCGUCAGCAACCUUCUAGCCUCUCAUGAUGCUGACCAGCGCUUCUCUAUGCGCGAAUGCCGAAUGCGUGUUGCCGCCCUCUAUCUCCCACUCUUGGGUAUCAUCAUUGACGCGUUGCCGCAGCUGAACUGUGCUGCUGUGGACCCCAAAGCCAGACCCUCUGCAUCUUUUGGGGAGAUGGAUGAUGUGGAUGUUCCUAUGAAUCAGUCAGUUGCUAUGGCGAUAGCUGGAACAAGCAUCUUCACAGGAGGAGGAGCAGGAGGAGCAGCAGGAGCGGGAGGAGCGGCAGGAGCAGCAGCAGCAGAGCGGGCCAACCCUGCCCAAAACGAACAGCGGCCGCCUCAAGGCAAAACCCCCCUGUCUGAGGAGUCUACCCGUGACCUCUUGAUGUGCUUCAUCUGGGUCAUUAAGAACGUUGACCCCACGACCCUGCAGCAGAUCUGGGCUUCUCAGAGAGUGACCCGGGUUAAUAAGAUGCUGGAUAUCAUGUUCUAUUGCAUCUACAGCUUUGAAUACAAGGGUAGGAGUGCCAUCAUCCGUCGCAUGAACAGGAUGUCCUUCAAGAAGAACGAUGUGAAGCAGCGCCUAGAGGAAGCCAUCUUGGGGACAGCUAGUGCUAGGAGUGACAUGAUGCAGAGACAUACAAGACAAGGAUCAUCAGGAGAUCGUGGGUUCAGCCCAGCCUUGGGUCAAGCAGAGAGACUGAGAUGGAGGAAGGAUCUUACACACUUCAGAAAGAAUGCAGAUAUACCUGAAAGACCAAAGGCUGAGUUGGAAGUAGAAGCUCGUUUGGAGGCUCUCUUGGCCAAUGAAGUCUCAUUUGCUGUGCUUGAUGCCAUGGAACUUCUAGUACAGACUGUGUCCCAGACUGAUCAUCUCCAAGGCUGUUUGACGGGCAUCAUGACAGUCCUUCUACAUGCCUUAGCUUGUAACCAGAGUACCAUAGUCAUGGAGAGUAUUCUUGCCACACAACGCUCUCUCGUCUUCAAGUACCCUGAGCUGUUGUUUGAGGAGCAGACCGAGCAGUGUGCAGACCUUUGCCUUCGUCUUCUACAUCACUGCAGCUCGUGUAUCAGCAGUGUACGCUCCCAUGCCAGCGCUUCUCUCUAUCUACUUAUGAGACAGAACUUUGAGAUUGGAAAUAACUUUGCGAGAGUGAAGAUGCAGGUGACCAUGUCCCUCUCGUGCCUGGUUGGAACGGAAACCAACUUCAACGAGGAGUACCUGAGACGCUCCCUCAAGACCAUCCUGACCUAUGCUGAGGAUGAUACAGAGCUACAGCAAACUACAUUCCCUGAACAGGUGCGUGAGUUGGUGUUCAACCUUCACAUGAUCCUCUCCGACACCGUCAAGAUGAAGGAAUUCAAGCAGGAUACCGAGAUGCUGGUAGACUUGAUGUACCGCAUCGCCAAGGGGUACCAGAACUCUCCAGACCUAAGAUUGACUUGGCUCCAGAACAUGGCCGGGAAGCUCAACGAACACGGCAAACUGACAGAGGCUGCCGAGUGCCUGAUCCAUUCUGCUGCCCUCGUUGCUGAGUACCUGCACAUGCUAGAAGACCGUCAACACCUGCCAGUCGGCUGUGUCAAGUUUGAGAAAAUCUCACCGAAUGUGCUAGAAGAGAGUGCCGUCUCAGACGAUGUAGUCUCCCCAGACGAGGAAGGCAUCUGCACUGGGAAGUACUUCACUGAGAGUGGGUUGGUGGGACUAUUGGAACAAGCUGCUACAUUAUUCAAUGACGCUGGAUUAUUUGAGGUAGUAAAUGAGGUAUACAAGAUUCUCAUACCCAUCCAUGAAGCUAACAGAGAACACAAGAGACUCUCCAUUAUCCAUGGCAAGCUACAAGAAGCUUUCAACAAGAUUUCAGUCCUGGGUCCCAAGCGCCUCUUUGGGACCUACUUCAGAGUGGGAUUCUAUGGACCAAAGUUUGGAGAUCUUAACGGAGAAGAGUUUGUCUACAAGGAACCUGCCAUCACUAAACUGCCCGAAAUAGCACAGCGACUAGAGAAAUUCUACACGGAUCGUUUUGGCGAGGGCUUAGUACAAACCAUCAAGGAUUCCAACACCCCGGACCUAUCCAAGUUAGACCCUCUACAAGCCUACAUCCAGGUCACCUACGUAGAACCCUACUUUGACUACUAUGAGAUCCUACAGAGACCUACACUCUUCAGUAGGAACUACAACCUUAAGCGUUUCAUGUUUGCCACACCCUUCACCAAGGAAGGCCGCGCCCAUGGAGAGCUGAAGGACCAGUGCAAGAGGAAGACCAUCCUCACCACCUCGCAUUCAUUCCCUUACAUCAAGACAAGAGUCGCCAUCAUACAGAAAGAAGAGAUUGUGCUAUCUCCUGUCGAGGUGGCCAUUGAAGAUAUCCAGAAGAAAACCAACGAGCUAGAAGUGGCUACCCUCCACGAGCCAACGGAUGCCAAGAUGCUUCAGAUGGUUCUCCAGGGAUGUAUUGGUACCACUGUUAACCAGGGGCCAAUGGAGGUAGCACAGAUUUUCCUAGACAUUGAAAAACCUCUGGACAAGCACCACAACACACUACGGCUUUGCCUCAAAGAUCUACAAAAGAAGUGUGGCGAUGCAUUGCGAAAGAACAAGAGUCUGAUCAUGCAUGACCAGAGAGAGUACCAACGAGAGCUGGAGAGGAACUACCACCGCUUCACCGACCGUCUCAUGCCCCUCAUCACCAAGCAGAAUCAUCUCACUGGGACCAUCAAGAGAUGUGGAGGUCGGCGGGAAGGCUCACGAGUCCCCAAGAGCGCCUCAAGCCAUAGUAUUAGAAACAGCGAGACAUUGUAGAUUCUAGAGGGUCAAUUCAAACUUACCCCCCCCCCCCCCUUUCUCCAACACACCAUUUCAACAGGCCCAUUGGAAGAAGCUGAGGCUGGCAGGAGCAGUCACAAUUCCUGGAUACUCCUUCAAGCAAUAGCAUUAGAAACGGCGAGACAUGUAGAUUCUAGAGGGUCAAUACCAUUACUCUCCUCCCCCCCCCCCCCCUUACCCCAUUCUCCAACAUAACAUUUCAACAGGCCCAUUGGAAGAUGCUGAGGCUGGCAGAAACAGUCACAAUUUUUGGAUACUCCUUCAAGCAAUAGCAUUAGAAACACAGGGUAUUGUAGAUUCUAGAAAGUCAAUACUAUACUUAAUCGACCCCCGAAUCUCCUAAUUCAUCCAUCUUGAGAACAUACUGAAGUCAAGAGUUUGACCAGAGGGGUCACAAUAUAUGAAGAUCUUCAAGCAGUUGCAUUAGAAAUAGUGAGACAUUGUAGAUUCUAGAAGGUCAAUAAAAUCACUUCACUGACCCUGUAAUCUCCAAUUGUAAAAAUGUUGUUGGGACCAUAAGAAGGUGCGGAAGUCAAGCAAUAUCAUCAGAAAGUGUGAGACAUUGUAGAAUCUAGGGGUGGUAUUCUCGAAAACGGAUUAACUUUAGUCCAUGGUUUAAUCCUCCAACUAAGUAUGGAAAGCCAAGUGUCUAUAUGAAUAUAUUUUUGAAUAAUUUGAUAUGUCCCUAAAUUACCAUGAUGACA